CAUUGAGAACAAUAUAUGUAGCACUGCAUCUGUUCACAUAUUUAAACUGAUGUACACAUGUAUGUAUGUAUUCUAAUUUGCUUUGUAAGAAAAAAACUGUAAGAGAAUAAUUAUUAAUUAUACAACUGUCCACAAAUGUACCUGGAAAACUGCCCUUGAGCUUGAGACAGUGUUUACUGUUCUGUCCAACUUUCCCAGAUUCCUGCAGCAAAUAUAAAUCACAGUACAUAAAGAAAAACUCAGUGCUAAUGCCUCUCACCAUGUUUUGCUUCACUCAAGAACAGUAUCCUUUAUGAUCACAACAGCUGGCUAAACAAACACUAACAGGUUACUCAGCCCACAGCUAUACACUGAAGUCAGCAAUUUAGCAAAUGUUUCAUUAACGAUCUUUACUUUUGAAAUUACCCACUGUCUCAUGACUGGAGAAGUAUGAUCUAAUCAUAGAUAUAUAAACAAACAGAACUGUUCGAUCUAAUCUAGGAGGUAAAGAUGUCACAUUUUGCUUUUGCACUUUUUAUAUUCGCCCUGUUAUAAAUCAUGGUGAACUUGUUGAUCAAGCAUCUUCUGUUAGCAGUGAUGAUUGGCUCUCAUAGGAGAGGCCUCAUUAGUGUCCAACACCAGUGUGGCAUGUCCUGGAGAGGCAGUUCUGUUCAUAUGCUCUAAGCCUGCCGCUGCAUUGAGAUGGCAUGUGGAUCCUCCAGCGAAGUCUGGGUUGAUGUCAAGUCAAAGUACACUCUGUAUCGGUUCUCAAAUUGGUCGAAGGGACACAUUAGGAUCUGGAGUGAUAAUGUUUGAGGCUGUUCUUGUAAGCAAUGAUGGUGGAACUCUGACAUCCACCCUAAUCAACCUCAGUGAAGUGUCUGUACUGGAAGGAACCAAUAUUACCUGUAUACUACUACCAAUUUAAAUGGUAUUACAGUUGCAAUACAGCAGACAACUGUCUCUGUUGCUGGUAAUUCAACCUCAGUCUCCAUUAAACCCAAGAAUAUCCUCCACUCAAAACCAGCUCAGCUCCUCUCUUGUUAUUCUGGACUGGGACCCUCCCUCCUCUACUGGUGGUGUGUCUGUCAGCUAUAUCCUCGUCAUUUCCCCAACACCUCUCUCCAGGUCACCAGUCACCAUGGAGACCACCUCGGCACAGUUCAAUAUCUCCCACAACAUUCCCUAUAACGUGACCAUCAGAGCAGUUAACUGUGUUGGCAGUAGCCGUGACAACAUGGUGAUGAUCCCUUCUAUUGUUACCUGUCCCUCCAACCCAUCACCUGCGAAUAGAGUGACCAUCAAUGGUGCUCCACCACUGCCUCCAGUAGUAGGAUCAACCCUGAGCUUCAAUUUCAAUGGACAGACGGUAACAGCAACCUGUGAUAGUGUUGGACGAUGGUCACCUGAUCCCACCACUUAUGUCUGUAUCUCGGGGCUCACCUGUGGCUCUCUUGUUGCACCGUUCAGAGGUAGUGUGGACGUCAGUGGUGGGACACCACCCUUCUCACUGGGUUCACAGGUUAUCUAUCGCUGUGAUGAGGGACUGUUCCCCCCCCUGAUGUGAGGAUCAGCACAUGCACUGACGUGGGGGGUAGAGGAAAGUGGGUGGAGAAUCCUGGGAGUUUGGUGUGCAGGGAGAGGCCAGCAAACUGCUCUCUUCUGCUGAGCCCUGCAACGGUGCUAUAGUGGACUAUGAGAGGUUGAAUGAGACAGUGUUGGAGGGAACAGUGCUGACUUACCAGUGUGAUAAUGGACUCUCACUGACUGAACCCAACAACACCACGUGCACUAAUGCUGGAGUCUGGAGCACUGAGCCUGAGGCAAUCAAGUGUGUACUUAGGACUGAAGUUUCUACUGUCACUCCUUUGUUAUCCACUUCUGCAAUUGUCGCUAUCAGUGUGGUCAUCACUUUCAUUGUCACUCUAGUCAUUGGAUUCAUCACUGGACUGCUGGUAAUGCAUCUUUUCUCUCGUAAGAAGGCAGUGUACUCCCCGGCAACUGAAGGACAAGCAAAUGUAGGACCCACUGCACCAGCUGUUCCUGUUUAUGAAGAGGUGUCACCCAAAGAGGAGAUUGAACUUCACACUAACCAGGCGUAUGGACCAUUAGGACUGCAUGUGAAACUCGCUUAUUUUAAUAUUCAAUAGCAAUCAACAAGUUAAUUGCAAUCAUUCUGGCAUUUUGUUUGUUUUAUAGAACUGUUAUUAUAUAUAUAUAGACUCGCUAGUGUUUUGAUAGUGUAGAUUAAUUGUCUCAAAUUACAUUUAUAUCACCGUUAUUUUUUGCUGUAAAACCUGUCGUUAUUAUGUAAGUUUUCUGACUUCCUCAAUCAGAAAUAGUGUGUUUCUUAAUGA